CGACCUUGGAGUCUCCAGACGCGCAGCGGAGGAUUUUGCGCACUGAAAUCAAGUAGAGCUGAAGAGAGCGCACAGCGAGCGGACUGCUGUCUGACUGACUGCAGUCCUGUCACUGGGACCCGGGCUCACCUGGCUGUACUUUGCCGCGCACAUCGUCAUUGUAUUAAUACCACUGCACGGGAAGUAGGGGGAAAUAUAGUCUUCAGUUUAUUUCGGUUUGGUUUGGUUUGAGUCACCUUGUUUGUAGAGAAGUGUCCCAGCUGCUCAAGGAAAAUUCACUCAACACCCUGAGAGACGGAGACGUUUGAGAGGAUUUUAGGAGUCUUUCCAGAGAGUGGAUUGAACAAGGAUGAUUGCAACCGCCUUACACAACUAAGUGAGGUAUUACAUUUGAAAAAACGGUGAUCACAGCAAUGCUUCAACGGCAUGUGCGUCUGUCCCUCUCCAAAUCUUCCAGAGAGGAUUUAAGCGCCGCUCAUUUUGAAUAAGUCGAGAAGUCAUCGAAGAUGAGAGCUCUGCAAACAGUCCUGUUUCUUUUCCUCCUGCACCAGGUCACAUGCAGGAAAGUGCACGGAGGAGCCACGGAGCUCAUCGAGUGGGGCGACAGUGAUAACGAACAUAAGAUUUCUCCCACGGGAGCCAGUCCACGGAUCCUCAACCCCCUUCGUUUGUUUGCCAGGGGCUCCCCCGGGUUCAAGAGCAACAUGAGGGAAAUUACAUAUUUACAGAACAUGGAGGACUUCUGGGACUGGUUAUCUAACCAGACAGAUGUUCAGGGUGCACAGGCCAGAACUAAACGCAGACCCAUCGUCAAGACUGGCAAGUUUAAAAAGAUGUUCGGGUGGGGGGACUUCCACUCCAACAUCAAGACCGUGAAACUCAACCUGCUGAUCACGGGGAAGAUCGUGGACCACGGGAAUGGCACUUUUAGUGUUUACUUUCGCCACAACUCCACAGGCCUGGGGAACGUGUCUGUCAGCCUGGUGCCGCCCUCCAAGGUGGUGGAGUUUGAGAUCGCCCAGCAGUCCACGCUGGAAACCAAAGACACCAAAUCAUUCAACUGUCGCAUUGAGUACGAGAAGACGGACCGCAACAAGAAGACUGCCCUUUGCAGCUUUGACCCUUCCAAGGUGUGCUAUCAGGAGCAGACGCAGAGCCACGUGUCCUGGCUGUGCUCGAAACCCUUCAAAGUCAUAUGCAUCUAUAUAGCCUUUUACAGUGUAGACUAUAAACUGGUGCAGAAGGUAUGCCCUGACUACAACUACCAUAGUGACACACCCUACUCCUCCACAGGAUGAUCUAGCUGUUGUUAGUAUGCAUCAACCUUUUGUCUGAUCUUCAAAUAAUGUAAAUGUCAACCUCUAAGGUCCUUGUCCUGAAAUACCUAAAUACCUGAAACAUGUUGCAGGAAGUGCAACUCAAAAUGGGACACACUCUGGAGGGAAUUGUCGUAUUGUUCAAAAAACUUUUGUAUAUACAGAUCUAACACUUGAGAUAGUUAGGUGUCCAGGGACUUGGUUUUAGGGGUUGACUUGGGAUUCAGAGCUAGCUUCCAACCCUGGGUGACUCCUCCCCAUCACAACAGCACAUGUUCUCUGUUAACCACUGGUAUAAUUAGCAUGUUGUCCAGAUGUUUUCUUCAAGGCUAGACCAUAGGCAAGGAGCCUCCCAGUUGGAAGUGCAUAGCUGUCUCCUGUGCCAGUGCUGCAUUGAUGCCAACAUUGUCAAUUUCCUCACCUCAUUUAAACAGUCAGUUCCACAAUGAAAUAUGAUGCGCCUUUGAAUCGUGUUAAUAAUUACAAUACUCUAAUCUGAAUUGUUAUUCGACAGGGCAUAAAAUUAGAUAUUUCAUAUUUGAAACAUUGUUACCUUUUGACUGAUUAGUCAAAAUGAUCUGUUCAUUGCCUUCGAAGUAUAGCUAAUAUCCAUUUGUACCUGUUAACAGAACACAGACAAGACAGUGUCUAUUAUUUCAGAUUAGCUUGAUCAAUGGUCUCAAGUAGCUCUGAAUAAUUAAUAUGGCCUUACAAUCUAUAAUUUAUCUUGCAUCUUUCUCUUAUAGGGACUGGAAAAGUGAAUUGAUUGAUUAUGUGUCCAUGACAAAAUGAAUUGAUCCAAGAUCUAAUCCUAAAAGCAAGCGUAAUCAUAAAUCAUUACACAUACGUAUGUUGGUACCCAUCCAUAAAAUACCUGGCUGCUGCCUUGUGUGCUCCUUAAAAUGUGUUGGUUUUCCGCUGCAGUCAGCAUAAGGCAUGUGUAUGCUAAACUAGUCUGAAAUCCAACAUCUGUGUUUGCAGGAUGCACUUUGAAGCAUCAGCCUGCCGAGCGGCCCCGCAGUGGAUUAAUGUGUCAGGAGAGGAGGGGGGGGAGUGAUAAUUGCAGGACAGGUGGAUUUAGUGAGUCUGGCAGACAAUUAUCAGCACUUUGUCAUGGUCCUGCCACCAGCCCUGACAUUACCUGUCUUUAAUAGGCUUUAAUUAGCCAGGGAAAUUUCAUUUACCUAAGACCGAGAGUGGAGACACCAAAAGCCAAAAAAAAAAAAAAAAGGGAGAAAUGAAAAAAAAAAAAGGCAAAAGUACAAAAUCCGUCUGGAAUUUUAAUGAGAAGUGGGACCUAGAUUUGAAAAUGUCAGACAUUCCCCACUUGUACAGUGGGCUUAAGUUGACUGACUUUUGUGUAAAAGUGGAUAACAUCCAGUCUUGUAGUAAAUGGUGAAAUGUGCUUUGACUCAGCAAUCACUUAAACAGUUUUAAAAGGUUCGGUUAAAAAAACACAUCAGCAUAUGAAAUGUCAUAAAUUGCGUUGAUUGCGUAUAUCCAGGGUUUUUAGACUAGGGCAUGUGCCAUCGACUAAUCACAUGGCAAUUAUUUCUGUCAAUGUUCCUUUAUUUGCUGUAUCUCAUGUCUUUCCCCAUCAGCUGUAAAUGAUCCUGUCACGAUACACAUGAGGAGAGGUGUACGAUAGGGAAAUUACUAAAUCCAAGUUGAUCUAUGUUGAUGUUUUAGUUCUACUCCUUUGUGCAAAUGCUGUGUAUUAACGUGUAACUCUAAAACUAAACGUGUUUACUUAUGGCUUCAGAGUAAACAAUGUCAAUUUCUUCUAAUUUUUCCAGAGAAAUAUAUCAAUAAGUAUACUGUUCAUUUUUGGUGUUGGUUAAGCGAUAUCAUGUAGAUAGAUGUCAUAUUUAUUGCUUAUAGUUAUAGAUUGCUUUGAUUUUCAUUUUUGUAAUCCUUGCAGAUUGUACAUUUCUUUUUGAUUUCCUGCUUGCUUAAUCUUGUUUGAACAGUUUUCCCUGUAAAUUAGGAAAAAAAAGAGCACUGCUGUGUGUAUAUUGUAAGUACAAAUGUUAAUUUUGGAAUAUUUUAUUUCAUAAGGGGUUCAUUUUGUUAAAAUGGAAUUGUAAAAGAUCAAUUUAGGUUUUUAUGGCAUUAAACCUGAUUUGAACUUGG